AUGCAUUUAUUAAAGAAAAGUGGUUACAUUAAUGGACAAUGGGUAAAUGCAGAGAGUAAUGCUGCGUUUCCUGUGAUAAACCCGGCAGAUGACAGCGUAAUUGCCGAGGUUCCCGACAUGGAUGCUAUUGAUGCUAAAAAAGCUGUUGAUGCUGCUUCAAAUGCUUUUCAAAGUUGGAAAGAUACUACAGCUAAAGAAAGAUCCAUAAUAUUAAGAAAAUGGUAUGAUAUCUGUGUAAAAAAUACGGAAUCUUUAGCUCAAAUAAUUACUGCUGAGGCCGGUAAACCCUUAGCUGAAUCUAAAGGAGAAAUUGCAUAUGGAAACUCUUUCUUGGAGUGGUUUGCAGAUACUGCCCGCCACAUUAAUGGAGAAAUUAUACAAAGCCCUUGGCCAAAUAAAACAAUAAUGGUCACUAGACAACCAUUAGGAGUAGUAUCUAUUAUUACCCCAUGGAACUUUCCAUUUGCUAUGAUUACUCGUAAAGUGGGUGCUUUGAUGGCUGCUGGAUGUACUUGUGUUAUAAAACCUGCUGAAGACACUCCUUUAACUGCAUUAGCUGCAGUUCAAUUAGCUGAAGAAGCUGGCGUGCCUAAAGGUGUGAUCAAUGUUGUUACUUCAAGCCGGAAGAAUGCACCUGCAGUAGGUCAAGUUCUAUGUGAAGAUUCAAACGUCCAUUGUGUUUCGUUUACAGGCUCUACACAUGUUGGCAAAAUUCUUUAUGGAAUGGCUUCAAAAGGAAUAAAAAGAGUUAGUCUUGAACUAGGUGGAAAUGCCCCUUUCAUUGUUUUUCCAAGUGCAGAUAUUGAACAUGCUGUAGAAAAUGCUAUGAGUGCAAAAUUCAGAAACAAUGGACAAGCAUGUGUUUGUGCGAAUCGAUUUUUAAUUCACCAAGAUGUGUAUGAUAAAUUUCUACAACUAUUCAAAAAUAGAAUUGCAAAGUACUGUGUCUUAGGACCUGGAGCCAAGGAGGGUGUAACAUGUGGACCAUUGAUAAAUAUGGAACAAACCAAAAAGGUGACAGGAUUGGUAAAUGAUGCCCUAUCAAAAGGAGCAAAAGCAGUGAUAGGGGGAAAACCGGCAGUUGAAAUAGGCAACAAAUUUUUUGAAUCUACUAUACUUACCAAUGUUAAUCCUGAUAUGAAAAUAUAUGGAGAAGAAAUCUUUGGCCCUGUUGCUGUUUGCCAUAAAUUUGAAAGUGAAGACGAAGUUGUAAAACUUGCUAAUAGCACAAGAAGUGGGCUCGCUUCUUAUGUAUUUACUAAGGAUGUGGGUCAAGCUUUUAGAAUGUCUCGUCGCUUAGAUUUUGGAAUGGUGGGAAUCAAUGAUGGCAUGCUUUCUGCUGCCGAGCCUCCAUUUGGUGGUAUUAAGGAAUCAGGAAUAGGCAGGGAGGGUAGCAAACAUGGGGUUGAAGAAUACACUGAUAUUAAAUAUACUUUAUUCUCAGCUCUAGAUAAA